AUGGCUGGAUGGAUAUUCCUUCUUAAAAAAAUUUAUGAUUCUGAUUUGGUUGACAAUGAUGUACCAAAGAAUAUGAAUAUUAACGAAUAUAUUAUCACAUGGUUAAUUUAUAUGUUAAAGCUAAAAGAUGGUAACAGCAUCACCAAUUUAAAUGACUUUUAUUAUCAAUAUAAAAAUCAACGUGGAGAACAUAGCUUGGUUUCAACUAAUGGUAAAGAAUUUGUUGGAAUUUUUGAAAAACUUAAUAAUGAUUUUGAUAUUAAUGAAAACAGUUCAUAUAGAAAAAUAUUGUCUAGUUUAUCAACUUAUUAUGAUAAUUUUAAAAAAUAUUGUGAUAAAAAUUGCAAUGGUUGUAGCAGUAUUCCACCUCUUCCAACAACAAAAACAAUACAAGUUUCUGCGCAUAUCUCUGAAAAUACAUCAUCAAGUUCGUCGAUAUUAAACACAUUAAUUUCAGGUUUAUCAAUAUUUUCUUUAAUACCAGCUUUCUUGGGAAUUGCUUAUAAGACAAUAUAUAAGAAAAAAUUUAAAAAAAUAAAGAAAAAAAUGAAAGUUAAUAUAUUAUUCGAAGAAUAA